AACAAACUUUGAAUUUGAAUUUGAAUCACGGUGCUGGUUGAGGUUCACCUACACAUCAACAACACACAAGAGAGGCUCAGGGGAGGCACUACUCUACACUGCCACUUGUCUACUGCUCUCUAAUGCUUCUAGUACACUUUAUUUAACAAAGAGGAGUUACACUCAAGAAUUGAACCCGGACCCUCGGUGUAUGAAGCAAAAGCUUUGCCAGCCAGGCCAUGGGGGCCCUGUGGCCCAGAGUCUUGAGAUGCGAAGUACAUGUACACUGCAGGAGGGGUUGAGAUGUUACACUUCAGAGGGUUAUCUGAACUUUGAUGUCAGAACACUUCUUUCCAGAGUUCCAAAUAACAAAAAAUACAUAAUUGACUUAUGAUGCAUAGGAUUUUUUUGGCUCACAAGAGGAUACCACAAGUGAACUUGUCCGUAUUCACUACCACACACUUGAGUGCUGCACGUGUGGAGCAGCUGUCUGCACAUUUACCAGUUGUAUUUAGCAACAAAACAUUAGGAAAUAGUUUUGCAUCUUUGUCACAAGGUAUAUCAUGUAGAAGAGGAGAUGGAUGCAACAGGAUCAGAUCAAAUAGCAAGGCUAUAUUCAGAAAUUUUCCAUGCCCAAAUAUCAUCAAUGCCCUUGAGUUGACCACAUCUGAAGCCGACAGUGGUGCUGAGAAUGAAGGCACACACAAAAAAGACUUCAAUUUUGAUGCACUUGGAGCUUGGGACAACCGAAUUGAUCUUCCCAUUAUGAUGGAUGCUAGCAUCAAGCACGGAGCCCCAAUACCAAUGGUUGUUGCCCACGAUGUUGGCCGGUCAAGUAUUCUUGGUAAACGUACAUACCAGGAAGACAGAUAUGUUAUAGAGGACCUUCCUAACAACAUUUUGUGUUGUGCUGUCUUUGAUGGUCAUGGAGGAAAUGAAUGCUCAGAAUAUUGUGCACAGAAUCUUAAGGAUGUAUUACUGGAGUAUUUGGCCAUUCACAAGGACCUGGAAGCUGUUCUCCAUCAUACCUUCUUAAGACUACAUUCUGCAUAUGCAAAAUGGGCAGAAGAAUACAAAACAGGCUUGAAUGGUGGAACUACAGCAACAGUGUGUUUAUUACGAGGAGGAGUAGAGCUUGCUAUUGGCCAUGUUGGAGACUCUCGAGCAAUAUUAUACCGCUCAGGGGCACCAAGGGAACUCACACGUGAUCACUGUCCAUCACUUAUCUCCGAGAAGGAUCGCAUUAUCCAGUCAGGAGGAAAAGUGAGUGUAGACAACAUUGGACGCCACAUGGUAAAUGACAGUCUUAGUAUGACUCGCAGCAUCGGUGAUCUCCACCUCAAGCAGUAUGGAGUGAUAGCUUUACCCGAUACAACAACUUUACGGGUGAAGCAUGGAAAGGAUGCCUUCCUGCUCUUAAUUACUGAUGGCAUAAAUUUUGUGCUUCGGUCAGAAGAGGCUUGCAGUGUUAUCAACCAAGCUGAGGAUCCAUAUCGAGCUGCACAACUAUUAACUGAACAGGCACUCAGCAUGUCAUCUGAAGACAACAUGACUGCUCUGGUUGUGCCCUUUGGGUCAUGGGGAAAGUAUACUAAGUCAGCUUCUAUGUUCUAUUCCUUUGGUAUUGGAAGAGAUAUGAACAAAAGUAGUAGAUUUGGGUAAGCAUGAUUAAAGCUACUUCUAGGAGCCUAUUUUUCAGUAAUACAAUCAAACCUUGAAAAUCUAGAGUCAUUCACUGUCAGUUUAAUUCCUGUUUUCCAGUUAAAAUGAGGAGUGACAGUAACAUUGCUAUAUAUAAUUCAUACAACCAGUUUAUCAGUAUGACUACAGUAUAUAUAACUUUAAAAGCCAUAUUGUACAGCACUGGGCUCCAGGAGUAGAAAAACUCUCAGAACUCAUCAAAGGCUUGAGGUUUGAUCCAUUCACAAGAAGCAUAGAAUAAUACAUAUGGCCAUCUAAUACUCUGUAAUUACAGCAUAACAUGCAAAAUUUAGUGUGAAUGAUGGUGAAAGUUUUUCUUUUUCUGGUCACCCUGCCUCAGUGAGAGAAUCAGCUUGUUAAAAAAAAAUGAAAAAUUAUCAGACUGACUCCAACUCUUUUUCAAGAGUGAGCUCUUAGGGAUUCAGCAGACUGACUGUUUUUACUUACUUCAAGCAAGCACAGCAUUGGAGGAUCAGCCUAAGCAACAAACUGCUUUAUGUUACUGCAAACACUUGAGUUGGAUUGGCAGCCAAAACAACAGCAGCAGCAAUUUAAUGCUUUCUGAAUUUAGCACAGUUAUAAUUAUGCAGAAGUGUCAAAUUAUAGUGCUAAGUAAUGAUACUGUAAUGGCAUAAACAUUGUGAAUUUUAGGCAUCUGCAUAGUUUUGGCAUGCUGGGAACCACCAAGAAUUUAAUUAUUCACAGAACAGGUGGGGUAUAAACCCAUGGCAAACCAGUUUUAAAACUGUCAAGUCAGUACAUUAUAUACUGUACCAUGCCAGCUUAAUAAAAUUUGCAUAGCAAGGUGUAUACACAGGAAAGUUAGCAUGGUCCCCACUGUGACUGCUAUAAUGACUCACAAGUCAUAAUUACAUGAGUGCAAACACUCAUGUAAUUAUGACUUGCUCUUGCUCUUGCACACUCACUUCCCUCUCUCUCCCUACAUCUUCAUUUUUGUGAAAUUCUUGUGAGAGAGUCAACAUCAUGUUUUCAUAAAUAUUCAGCAUUUGUUUUUAAUAAUAAUAUAAUAAAUUCACUACUUGAGACUCCCAUUAAACAGAUGCUUGGUUUACCGGGCAUGGAACUAAGCACUAUGUUUGGGACCUUUUGGUGGUAAUAUGUGAAACUAAUUCUCAGAAACCUCAAAUGAACUGAGGUCAGAUUGAAAGUUGGUUGGCCAGUAGAAUGGUCCCAUUAAUAACAAGUUACUGCAGUGAAAGACUGAAGUUUUGGUAUUAGACCAUAAUGGUGAGUUUUGGGAACCUCUGUUAAUUGUUCAUACAGAAUGCAGUUUUGUGUGUAUAUGUACAGUUGUGGAUUUGUCAAACAAAUUUGUUUGUGUUCAAUAUAUUUUCCCUUUAAAUUGAAACUGUAAAUUUUUUAGCAACUUGAAAAUUAAAACUUGACAGUUCUAAUUAAAUAACUUGUUUAUUAAUUGUGGUAUCUCUAAUAUUUAUGGUUAAGUACAUCAUGAUAAAUAUAUUACAUGACUGAGCUGCUGUAACCAAUGCCAUGUGGUAAAAAAUUUCUCUGUGUAUAGUUAGAGCUGAGAGAUACCUGAGGCUGGAUUUGACAAAUGCAUUAGCAACUACGUAGAGGAAUGUUUAGCACUUAUAGUCAGGGCUUUUGAAGGUACCCACUUUUGUAUAAAACAAUUAAUAUUAUGAAAUUACUGGUUUAUAUAUUUGUGUACAAUAACAUUGAUACUUAAUAGACUUUAAUAUGGAGUACUGUACAGUAUACAAGAUAUCAGCACACAGUCUGUGAACCUGCCUUUCCACCAUAUGAAAAUUACAAUUAAAAGGUACAUAGUGAGCCAGCCAGUCAAAUGUUUUUCUAAAGUUUUCUAAUCUGAUUUGCAUCAUUCUGUGGUUCCAACCAGCCGCAUGACAGUUUGCUUGGCUUAUUUAGGUUAUGAAUUACAGAUAGCGAAUUUUAGAGAUGUUUCACUUUUUGCUUUAGAAACUGAGGGCGAGUUUAUUAUGCAGGUAUUGGUUAAUUUAAACUGAGACUUGCUACAGUAUAUUUUAAUAAUAAAAAAUCAUGGAUGUAUAUUCAACUUCAAUUUUCAAUUGGAUGUUGAAAUAAAUAGGAUUUUUGUUCAGUGAUUUAGGUUUCACUGUAACUGCAGACAGAUUAAUAAAUAUUGAUAUACA